CCGUACGUAAAUAGUUUCAAGGCAUUUCAAGCAAAAACCAUAAUAUGGCGAAUAAAUAAACAUCCGAAGAAUCGAGUGGCACGAAACCCAUUGAAGCAUUUGCUGUUCAAGGCAAGGAAUUGGAUGCCUUUUCACCAAUGUGUUACAUUUAUACUUAGAACUCUCUAAUCCACCAGUCUUAUGUUUGUGUGUUUCAUUGCAUUCUAGUUCACAUUGUUGUUGAAGCUUUCAGGCAAUGGUUGUAGUCAGUGAGAGUUGGGUUAAAAAUGUGUCUCCUCAUGUGCCCGCUAAUAAAGAUGUAGUUCUGGAAAAUAAUGAAAACAUGGGAGCACAAGCAGUCCUUAUUUGUCGACCUAACUCUCUUCACUUUCAAGAGAGGAUACUAUCCUUGGAUCAGCCUGUUGAAGUGAGUAGAGCAGUGGGACGUGCUAAACCUACUUCAACCAAUGCAAUUUUUGAUUGCAAAAUAUUAUCUAAACAUCAUGCAUUGUUGUGGUAUGAUAAUGGAAAGUUUUAUAUACAAGACACAAAGAGCAGUAAUGGAACAUUCGUAAAUAGUAACAGAUUGUCCCCAGAAGUUUAUGAAAUUCAUUCUGGUGACAUUAUUCAGUUUGGUGUAGAUGUAGUAGAAUGCAAUAGAAAAGUUACCCAUGGUUGCAUAAUUGCUAUCGUGAGAUUGUAUUUGCCUGAUGGUGUAAUGGUCAAAGCAAAUCCAUGCAUUGCGGACGAAGAAACUCAUGUGCCUUUAGGUGAUCUUUACAAGCUCAAUCAAUAUCUUCAAGAGGCAAAUAAAAGGGAGCAAUGUCUAGAAUCGAAACUCGAUGUUCUUCAACACGUUGUCGAAGAAGCAAAGAGGGCCACAGAGGAGAGUUGGCAGGCUUACGUUGGAGAGGAAAGGUUAUUAAGUAGACUUUCAGCCCUUGAAACGCAAUUGCAACAUGCUAAAACUAAUUGGUCAGAGGAUAGGAAAUUGUUCAAAAACUUCGAGAAAUACAAACUAAGGCUGAAGAGGAAAAGUUGGAAUAUGAGAGGCAAAUUAAGGAGCUUGAGCAACAUAUGGAGGAAGAGGAAGUUAAAAUUAUUGAUCUUGAAUCAAAAAUUUAUGAUCUUACACUUGAGGUCGCAAAAAAACACAGUUUUUCUGUUGCGAUUGAACAACGACCUAAGUUGAUUUUUGAUGAGGAUGAUCUGAAAGCAAAAGAAGAAAUUAUUGCCGAGAAUGAAAUGUCAGAGUUAAAUAAAUCUAAUUCCAAUGGAUAUGAUGAGAAUCACAUUAGCUUGACGGUUGCACCUGUUGAAAAAUCCUGCGGAGAAGAGAAGACCGAAGAUCUCGAAUUCGAAUCGAUAACGAAAAACUACGAUGAAGAAAGCCAAGCAAACGGAAAAGAUAACGGAAAACGAGUAUCGUUUAAAAGGGAGAAAAAAGACGCAAGUGCAGAGGAGUCGCAAAAUAAUCUUAAUGAUUCCUGCUCACCUUGUCAGGAAAUCCAAGCAGACAGUAGCGACUUUGUAAGUGAUGGUGCAGAUUCGAAAACACUGAAAUAUCAAUAUCAAUCAGCUCAAAGAGAGCAAAAUGACCUGCGAAGAAAAAUUGCUAUUCUCGAGAAGAAUUCUGAAACGAACCAAGCAAAAAUAUUAGAAUUGAAUCAAUCAUUAAAUGAGGAAAAAGAACUAAGUGGCAGCCGAUUAGUGGUAUGUGAGAAACUGAAAGAAGAGCUUAUGUUUUUGGAAGAAAAAUGGAAGGAAAGUAAUAUCGAAAACAAAAAACUGUUACAACGAGUUAACGAGCUAGUAAUAUGUAUUGAUAAAAAGAAAGAAAGUGAAACGCGAGAACUAAAUAUGGAAAAAGAAACUGCUUGCACUGGAAUCCCACCCAACGAAGCUCAAGUUCAAGAAAACAUGCCAGAGGCAUCACAAACCGGGACCCUCAAUACAGUCCCACACUUAAGUGCUUCAAUUAAUCACAACUCAUGUUCGAGUAUUCUGAGCAAUGAAGAGCUUACUAAUAUUGAAGAAGAACUAGUGUUAUUUAAAGAAAAGUACGCACAAAGUUGCGAAGAUAAAUUGAAAUUACAAAAGGAUUUACUAAAAUUAAGGGUGCAAUAUAAUAUGAUGUGUGAUAGCCUGUAUAAUAAGUACUUUUGGUAUAUUGGACCAUUAGUCAUUAUAGUCAUUUAUCUAUUGAUUAGGGAGUGGAUUUCUUGAUUAACGAUGAUACUGUUAUUAUUUUUUUACUUCUUGUUCGAAUUUUUAAUCAAAAUAAUUAAUGAAUCAUAAAAUAUUUUCUCAAUUUUUUCUUUUGUCUUCAGUGAAGCUUUAAAUGAGUCAUAAAACUUACUGUUUGGCUGAUGCGCUAUGUGUAACAAUUAUAGAUAAAUUUUUGGUCUGAAGAUCAACUUUCUUUUCGUUGUUGAAGAGUGUUAUUCCAAAAUGCAUUGUCAUUGGGUGCUAAUCAAGUUCUGGAGUGUCAAAAUCCAACUCUGUAGUUUGAAAACUUCACGAAAAAUUCCAUGAAUACUUUUUGAAAUUUUAGAAUGUUAUUAAUUGCACAUUUCACUAGUGGGAAAGUUUUACCAAUGUAAUAAUAUUAUUUGUAUGACGUUAGGUUAAGCAGAACAUACGAGUGGUUUUGUAUAUUUAUAUUAUCAUUUUACGAUGCCCCACUUUUAACAUACGAACUUUUUUGCUAUUUGAACUAAAGCAUUUAUUCAAAAGUUUGGUUAGUUUUAUUCAGUUUAUUAGUCCAGUUCACUUUUAUUAGUCCCGAAUCAAUUCUCAUGUUAAGCAACUGAAAUUCCUUGUUUGAGGGGAGUUACUGGCACAAAGUUUAAGCAGAAUUGUCUAGUCAUCCAUUACAACAGUGCACAGUUGUGUGGAUUUUCAAUGCUUUUGUUUAUGUUUGUCUGCUCUUUUCGAAUCGAAUGUAUUUAAUGAAAAUUGUCGUCCUAUUUUAGAAAUCUGCGAAAAAUGUCAUCUGAUUACUGUCACUGUUAGUUGUUAGUGUGGCAUGUGACACUUGCUGUCAUUUUUGACAUACCCUUUAAAACUGGCUAAUAAUAUAAUAUAAUCCGAUAAUUGUGUUUUGAAUGAAUGCUUUAACUCAAAGAAGAUAACGUUGUCGGCUUUUACAAGUGGAACAUACUAAAAUGAUAUCCACUACCUUAUUUGCAUCAAGGUGACAAACGGAAAUAUUUAUUAUCUGACUAUCUUCACGGUGACACCAAAGUUCGGGAGACAACUUUUUUAUUAAACUUCAAAAUUCAACAAAAUUAUACACCAUCGAAAACCAACAAAAUUCUCUACAAAAUACAAAAACAUUAUUCGAAAUGUCCACCUUCAGCGGACGCACAGGCGUGCGCUUGCGGAAAUUUUAGACGAUGGUCGCAAGUGUUUUUGUGAGAACGACUAAUUUGCGAAGUUCAUCGGGUUCAAGUCGAGCGAGUUAGAUGGCAACAAAGUCCUGUUUCACACGGCGAUUUAGUUUGUUUAGCAAAAAUCCAUGGUCGACCUCGCAUAAUGAGCCGGCGCCGGACCCAGUUGAAGUGUCUAGCGCCGAUUCUUGAAGUGUUGCCGGCUCCAGGAGAUCACGACGUCCUUUAAAAUGCGUUCUUGGUAGAUUUGGGCGUUUAUCUUGACGCCGCCCCAGCGGCGUCUUCCCGUUUUUCGAAAUUCCCGCCUACGCCAUGACCGAUUUCGGAAAGUGGCGUCGCUGACCUCGCUUUUUUUUUGUAAAAAUUCAUUGUUAGUCUGAAAGAGCAGAAAAUUCUGAACAAUACCAAGUGAGAUCCGGAGGUUGUCGGUCGUUGGCGACGCGCUCAAUCGUGAACACAUUUUCGUCGGUGAACAAAAUCGACCCGAAGGACUUUAUUCGAUGAGUCUCUGCGCAUUCUCGAGUCGUACUCGCUUCAUUCGCUCAUCUAAGUAAUGACCUCUUCCGAGCUUGUAGCUACGAAGCUUUGGGCCUUCCCUGGCUAUUUCUCUGACCGCCUGUCUGUUAAUACUCACCUCCUUGGCCAGUUUUCUUAUUCACUUUCCAGGAUUCCGGCGAAUUCGACAUCUCGGCUUGUUUAGGUUCUCGGGGGUUGGGCCCAACUCCUCGUACCGCUUAAUGGUUUUGUAGAUCGUGCUUCUUGCAAUACGGAGGAGUUUUGUGAUGUCAGCCGGCGACUUGCCCGAUUCGAAUAAAUUUCCGACAGCAAAACGGUUUGUUUCACGGCUCAUAGCUAAAAACGUAAACAUAAUUUAACAUGGGAAACAAACGUAGCUUGUAGAGAAUGUAACGAGCUAUAAAAUAAGCUAAACGUCAACAACACACAAUGUCAAAAACACCAUUGACAUUGAAAUUCACGAAGUUUAUUUCCGAACUUUUGUGGCACCCUGUACAAUCACAAGUUUCCAGAACUCGAACAUGUGUAAAUACAGAUUUUCUAAUAUUAUGUUCACCCAAGGUAGUACUGGUUUAGACACUUUCGUAUUGCUUCUAUAUGUUACGUUCGUAACAGGUUUAUAUAGUUUAUAGGUAAAGAAUAAGCGGAUAAAGUAAUGUCGCAUUUUUGUUCAGUUGAGCUUUCAAUGAGAAUCAAACUUUUAAACGCUUAAAAAUUACUUUACAAUUUACUGUUCUGUAUGAUUUUGCAAUUUUGUUGUAUCAUAGCAGUUUCAGUUAGUUCCGAUUAACUAUCAGACAUAAUCACUAAUUUGUUAUUGCAGAUAUAGAGCUUUUUUCUAUGAAAUGUGGUUGCGACUAAGCGAUUACAAGUUUAAUAAACAAAUAAUUUUUUAUUUAGACAGAGAAAACUUUAAAAGUAUAACUAGACUAAAUUAGAUAUUGUCUGUUUUUAUCGACGACCUGUUGACAUUGUUGCUGCAGUACAAUAAAUCCAUAAAUUCAGAAAGUCAA